AUGCGCCCGCCGUUCGCCCUCCUCCUCCUUCUGGUGUCCCCGCCACAUGCCGCGAGCUUCGCCGGCGUCGCUUGCCCGCUCGGCGGCCACUGCGCAGCCCUCCGGCGUGUCACUCUGCGUGCGGAGGAGCACGCUGCGGCAUCGCCGCUGGAGGCGAGAGCGACGGCGCUGUGGGCGAUGCUCGCUCCAGCGGCGGGUCACCUCGGCGAGGCGGAGCACGUAGACCUCCGGCUCGCGCUGCGUGUGCUGCUUUCGAAAGCAGCCAUCGUCAGCAGCGUGGAGGGCACGGCGAGGCAGCAGUCGGCCCUCGUCGGCGGAGCUCUGCCCUCCACUCUGCUCGAGCCGACCUUCCGCACGCCGCCCGACAUCGCCACGGACGGCGGCUCGCAGGGGUGGGAGGGCCUCCUCUCGAUAGCGCCCGCCGGUGACCGGGCUGCAGACGGGUGGCAUGCAGAGGCGCCUCUCGUGGAGCGCGGUGGCGACGCCGCGGCGCUGCUGGUGCUCGCGAGCGUGCGGGCAGCCCUCGACUUGCUCCAGCUCGGGCUCGAUGCGGAGACCGUCGCGGCGGUGAUGCUCUCGGGCAGCGCCCUCUCCGCCGCGGCGCCGAGCUGGCCUCUCGGCGCGCCCUCGCCCUUCUCCGCGCGCGUCGACCACCUGCUCGAACAGGCGGAGAUACGGGGAGAUGCGCGGCGGCUGCAGGCUAUGCCCGCCUCGCUGCUGCCUCGGCCCGCUUCGCUCGACGACCUCGACUAA